UGUUCAAAGGCCAUUAUGGUACGGGCUGAUUAAGCAGUAGUACUUGGACAAAUUAGUCUCACUUGGAGAUAUUCAACCUGUGGUGAGGAUGUUUCUGCAAGGGCUGUGUAUUCUAAGCUUCACCACAGUUGUACUCUCCCUGUCACCUGAGGAAGAAGCCAGGAAAUUUUUGGAGAAGUUUAGUGCAGAUGCUGAACAUCUGGUCUAUCAAUCUUCAAAGGCAUCGUGGAACUACAAUGUCAAUAUCACUCAGCAAAAUGCAGAAGAGAUGAAUGCGGCAGGUGCUGUGUGGUCUCAGUUUUACCAACAAGCUUCUGAUAAUGCCAGCAAGAUUGACCUCACCCGGAUAACGAAUGAAACAAUCAAACAACAACUGGAAAUGCUUCGAGACAAAGGAUCUGGCAUUUUACCCACAAAUGAUUAUAACCUCCUGAAUAAUAUUCUGAAUAAUAUGAGCACAAUCUACAGCACUGGAACCGUCUGCUAUCCAGAUCAGCAUUCCAACUGCUUGGAACUAGAUCCAGAGUUGACCAAUCUAAUGGCCCAAAGCAGAAACUAUAAUGAGAGGCUGUGGGCCUGGGAAGGCUGGCGAGUUAAUGUGGGGAAGAAACUCAGACCACUCUAUGAGCAAUACGUCGUUCUGAAGAACAAGGCUGCCAAGAUGAAUGGAUAUGAAGACUAUGGUGACUACUGGAGGCAUAACUAUGAAACCACUGGCAUGGGAAAGUUUGCAUACAACUCUAACGAACUGGUGACAGACGUGGAACGGCUGCUCAAAGAGAUAAUGCCACUGUACAAGGAACUGCAUGCGUAUGUAAGAGCAAAGCUCAGCGAUGUCUUCGGUUCACAACGUAUCAGUCCAAAAGGAUGCCUCCCCGCUCACUUAUUAGGUGACAUGUGGGGAAGAUUUUGGGGAAAUCUAUAUAACUGGUCAAUUCCGUUUCCAGAACAGAAAGAUAUAGAUGUGACAUCUGCAAUGGUAAAUCAGGCUUGGGAUCCAAAAAGGAUGUUUCAAGAGGCUGAUGAAUUCUUCCAGUCUUUGGGCCUCAGACCAAUGAAUAGCAACUUCUGGAAAUACUCCAUGAUCGAGAAACCUACUGAUGGACGUAAAGUUAUCUGUCAUCCAACAGCUUGGGAUAUGGGCAAUGGAGAGGACUUCAGGAUUAAAAUGUGCACUAAAGUUAACAUGGAAGACUUCCUAACUGUCCACCAUGAAAUGGGACAUAUUCAAUAUGACAUGGAGUAUGCGAACCAAACAUACUUAUUCCGAAAUGGAGCCAAUGAGGGCUUCCAUGAGGCUGUUGGUGAGAUCAUGUCACUCUCUGCAGCCACCCCAAAGCACUUGAAAUCUCUACACCUUCUUCAGGACUCUUUUAUUGAAAAUAAAGAAACUGACAUUAAUUUCCUGCUGAAGCAAGCCCUGACUAUUGUUGGCACUUUGCCUUUCACUUUCAUGCUGGAGCAAUGGAGAUGGAAAAUAUUCAGAGGAGAAAUACCCAAAGAUCAGUGGAUGAAAAAGUUCUGGGAAAUGAAACGAGAGAUUGUUGGUGUUGUUGAGCCCCUCCCCCACGAUGAGACCUACUGUGAUCCAGCUGCAUUGUUCCAUGUUGCCAAUGACUACUCCUUCAUAAGGUACUUCACCAGGACCAUCUAUCAAUUCCAGUUCCAAGAAGCACUGUGUGAAACUGCAAGCCAUACUGGUGAACUGUACAAGUGUGACAUCACCAAUGCCACAAAAGCAGGCAGAAAGCUCAGUAACAUGCUCAAACUCGGGAGCUCCAAACCAUGGACCGAGGCACUUUGGCAAGUAACUGGACAGACCAGAAUGAAUGCCACACCUCUCCUGAACUACUUUGAACCCUUAUAUACUUGGCUGAAGAAAGAUAAUCAGAACAAUGCUAGAUUUGUUGGCUGGGACACCAACUGGAGCCCAUAUCUAAAAGAUUCAUUUAAAGUACGGAUCAGCCUGAAUGCUGCUCUCGGAGAAAAUGCCUAUACAUGGGAUUCAAGUGAAAAGUACUUUUUCCAAUCAACUGUGGCAUUUUCAAUGAGAAAAUACUGGCAAGAAUCAAAAGACCAGCCUACCAACUUUGUGGCCGAAAAUGUCCACAUAUUCGAUGAAACAAAAAGGAUAUCAUUUUAUUUCUAUGUUGUCAACCCAAACAACACAGAGGUUAUUCCAAAGGCUGAUGUGGAGGAAGCCAUCAGGAUGAACAGGAAUCGAUUCAACAAUGCAUUCCUACUAAACGAUGACACACUUGAGUUUGUUGGUGUUCCACCCACUUUUGCUCCAGUGAGUGAGGCUUCUGUCACUGUCUGGCUGAUUGUGUUCGGAGUUAUCAUCAGCUUGGUAUGCAUCGGACUAAUCAUCUUGAUCGUCAGUGGAUACAGAGCUAAGAAACUGAAAGCAAAAGCACAAAACACUGAAGAAGAUGGUGGUGAACUUCACAAAAGCAAAGAUGAGGACAUCAAGAUGGCAGGAGGAAUAAAAAAUGAAGCUUUCCAUCCUGAUGAGCCAGUGAAUACAGAGAUGUAAAAGAUCCACAUCCUUAUAAUUUUCUCUCAUUCCCAGGACAAGGUGAAUGCCCAUUGAUUAGCCUUUGAACCCAUUCCAAUUAUACUGAAGCUCUUGAACAGAUGUGAUUAUUGCAAGCUGUCCUUCUAUUUCCAGCAACAGCAUUAGUGCACAAUUAUCAGUUUAGAUAUUGCAAGCUGCUGAAAUUUAUCCCACAGACAUUUCCCUGAGAAAUCUAGAAAUAAAAAAAUUACAAUCAUAUGGCCUCUUUGGUCUACAUCUUCUACAACAGUACUAUAGGAGCACCUUCACCAUGAGGACAGCAGGGGUUCAAGAAGGCACCUCACCACUGCCUUCUCAUAGGAAUAGAGAUGGAUAAUAAAUGCUGACCUUGCCAGUGACACUGAGACACCCACCCUCAAAAAAGAAAAUAAUCCUACUCCAUAGUGUCAUUUUCAUCCUGAAAGAAGGGAGAAGGAUCAACUCUGAAUUGUAGCAGUGGAAGGAUCCUUAUCAGUCAGGCUUCACUGGUCUUAAUUCUUGCCUGGCCAUAGAAUUUAAAAUACCAUCUAAUAUUGUGAGCUGCAGAUUCUAGUGAUAUUUUAUUAACCCUAAGAGUAGAUGGGACCAAAAACAACAGCAUUUGAAGGGAUUUAGUGUGAGAUCUACUUGUCUCUUGCACACUGGCAACACACUCUUCUCCCACAAUCUUCCAAGAAUCUCAAUCAUUCAAUAAGAACACCUUGAUAUAACAAACUGGAGAAGAUUCAUACUGUUAAUAACAUGCUGACAUCUUCUGUGAACCCUUUCAUUUGACUCUCUGCUCCAUUUUUGUGCUGUUGAGGUUAGUAAAGUAACAUAAAGACAUUAAAUGAGAUCCUAAGGUGAUUGGCCAAGCAAGAUUUAAAAGCACGUUUUCCCACCACAGACUACUACUGGUGCUCAGCUCUGCUCUUUUAGACAAGUUUCACUGUAACCACUGAAUGAAAGUUUCAAAUAAAUAAAGAUAUAUCAGAGCCCCUUU